ACCCCACACAAGCUACCUGCGCUCACUCGCCGACCUCAGUAAUUCUCGCCUGGGAUCCCGCGAUACUGGACAACUCCGAACCCUGUCGCAAGAAAGGAACGAAGCCUGCAACAAACUCAGUUCAAAGCAUCAAUCUCUUAGCUCUCUCGCCUGGUCUUUCUAGUCAAACAGCACCACCCGCCUAUCAAGAUGACGUGGAUCUCCCGCUCCGUCACUGCCGUCGGACUUUUGUUGCUAAGCCAUGCUUGUUACUCUGCACAAGAACACUCGACGCUCCAGUCCUUCGGCGCCACAUCAUCUCUGUCCGCGACAAAUCCAGGAACCUCGCUUCCCGCCGAUAUUGUCAUCGAGACAAUUGUCGCUACUCUUCUGGUGUGCCUGGGCCUCAUCACGGGCGCCUCCAAUUUCCGACCGAUUCAGUGGCGCGUGUGGGCAGGCAAGAUUGAGCGCGAAGGUGAGGCUGGAUUUCUGAACGGCAACGGAGUUUCCGACAAUGACUAUGUUGGCAACCCAUUUCGCAUUCUCGAAAGUCGACCGGGUUUUGUCGAUAUUCGGAAAGAGAGGCGCGACUUUGCUGAAUGGAUCAAAGAUGGCGAGAAGUCCAGCACAAGCUGAAUAUUCAUUCGGGAAAGGACUGCCAUCCGGGGUCUGCUCCCUGUCAGGUGCAGGUCUGAGAGGGAAUCGAGAAUCGGCAAGAGUUUUAGCGAUGCUGUAGGGGCUACGCGAACUUCAUGACGUGUCCGGCCACACGUACGUCGUGGUGAUGACGACGCCAGAACGGUCGCGGCGCAGAGGUCACUGCCAGUCUAUGUAUUCGUUAUGCCGUCCGUCCGCGUUUCGGAUGGCGGGAUGGCUCUAUUCGUCAUCCCAUCCGAUCAAAAAGCGCUGCGUUGCAUGUUACGUCGCAGAAACAACUUGAGCGCCCUUGUUUCCACCAUUUGUACCCGAUAUAGUCAUGUUAGUAUGUCGCUCAUGUCUCUAUGCUAGGGUUUCUAGUAGAACGAAGUCUUGACCACCCUGU